UUCAUUUGCUAAAGUUGUCAUCCAUUCCUUGAAUCAAAACAAUAUUAAAUGAAAAGCAUAUGCGUUAAUGUGCAUUAAUUUCUGUCGAUAAAUGAAAGCGCUUAAUAAGGUGCCCUAUGUUACCGACAACUCAUUAAAAAUAGAUCAUAGCAGCGCCACUUAAUAAAAAUCUAAACUAAUAACUGUCAACUGUAUCAUGAAAGUCAUGAAAUAAAGAUCAAUUCGAUAAUGAUAUACACUUUCAAGUAUUUUAAUAACACGACUUUAAACAAUAAAAAUUAAACAAUUGUAUACAUAUUAUAUAGCAAUUAUACAUGCAACUUUUUAAACAUGGCCUGGACACAUUAUCAAUGUAUUUUAGCUGUUCUCAUGGUUGUUACUGGAUCAUUUAAUACUCUUUCUGUAAAAUAUGCAGAUAAACAAGUCGUGCCUGGACAAGAUGGAGUACCUCGUCAUUUUAAUCAUCCUUUUAUGCAAUCUUUAUUUAUGUUCUUGGGUGAAAUGUUAUGUUUUCUCAUUUUUAAAAUUGCAUAUUGUUACUACAGUCGUAAAGAUGAUGGUUCUGUAGAUAAUAAUACUUUAACUAAAGGAUCUCGCAACUUCAAUCCAUUCAUCUUAUUUAUACCAGCUAUGUGUGAUAUGUUAGCAACUUCUAUUAUGUAUGUUGGUCUCAACAUGACCUAUGCCAGUAGUUUUCAAAUGUUACGUGGUGCAGUUAUAGUUUUUACUGGUAUUCUUUCAAUGGGCUUCCUUAAUAGAAACUUAGGUGGAAGAGAAUGGAUAGGAAUUGUAUGUGUUUUAAUAGGUUUAGCACUUGUUGGCAUAAGUGAUAUAAUGGUUAUAAAAGAUGAAGACGUUAGCCUGAACUCUAUUUUAACUGGAGAUUUAUUAAUAAUUUGUGCACAGGUAAUAACAGCAGUCCAAAUGGUAAUAGAAGAAAAAUUUGUUGCUGGUCAAGAUAUUCCUGCUUUGCAAGCAGUUGGUUGGGAAGGUAUUUUUGGAUUUAUUGGCAUAUGUCUAGUUAUGAUCCCCCUUAAUUUUAUUUAUGCAUCACCACCGUUUGCGGAUAAUUCACGGGGUACUCUUGAAGCUACUGCAGAUGCUUUAGUACAAAUUGGAAACAGUGGCAGAUUACUAAUGGCAAUAGUUGGAAUAGCAUUCAGUAUAGCAUUCUUUAAUUUUGCUGGUAUUAGCGUCACAAAGGAAAUCAGUGCUACAACAAGAAUGAUUUUAGAUAGUAUACGAACGAUUGUUAUAUGGGCUUUUUCAUUACAAUUUAAAUGGCAAGAUUUUCAUUAUCUCCAGGUCAUUGGCUUCGCAAUUCUUUUAAUUGGAAUGUUUUGCUAUAAUAACGUAUUAAUUCCACAAUUAGUACAAAAAUGUCAGUGCCAUUUAAUAAGAAAGAGACGUGCUAAUGAUGAGGAACGUAUUGUCAAUAUUGCUGCAGAUGAUGUUCAAGAAAGUAUAUAAAAAGUAAAAGUAAAGCUUGUUGUAAUAAGCAUAAUGGUUAUUAAAAUCAUUAUAUAUGGGAUAAUCGAUAACGAUUUAAAAAAAAAAAAAGAAAAAAAAAGCAGUCAGAUCUGUGAUCUUAUAUACAAACACAUUACUUAUACUUAUUUUAUGACAAAAAAGCUAUGAUAUAUUUUUCAUAUCUUCAUCUUUGUCAUUAUACUAUAAUAUAAUAAAUAAUGUGUAGAGAUUUA